AUGGGGCCCAUAGGAGCACCUGCUCCUGGCCUGACUAAUGUGGUGAUCCUGUCUAGAAUUCCUGAGGGUGCAACUGAGCAGCAGAUCUCUGCCGCAGCUGGAAGACCAGACGAGCUUCUCCAGGUCAGCUUCAGACCUGCAGACCCAGAAGGUCCCGGUUGGGCAAUAGUGGCAUUCGCAACACCAGAGAUUGCGAAGGUUGCUCGUGAUCGGCUAGAUGGCAAGCCUUUGCUUGGUGCCAAUGUGGAUGCAGCCUUGGGAGAAGGAUUGUUUGGCAAAGUCAGAAGCACAAAUGAUCAGGACAGCCCUUGGAAGGAAGCUCGCACAAAGGAGGGCCAGGUAUACUACUACCACGCCGUUACACGGCAGACGACAUGGGUGAAACCACCUCCCGAGUUUCCUUCAGCCGCGCAGAUGAUGGUAGGUAGAAGCCUUCCCAGCCGAACAGCCAAUCCCGGGGCGCAGGCACAGGCUGCAAUUCGUCAAGCUCAAGACGCCAUUGCAGCAGCACACGGCAGCGACCCAACUGGCUCCACCACAUCUGGUCCGGUGGGUGCGAAUCUUUUCGUCUACCACAUUCCGAACAGCUGGGAUGACCACAUUCUUCGGCAGCACUUUGAGCACUUCGGAAAGAUUUUAAGCUGCAGGGUGCAGAAAGAUGAUAGCGGACGACCUCGCGGCUUUGGUUUUGUGUCCUUCGACGCUCCGGCUUCUGCACAGGCGGCUAUAGCUGGAAUGCACGGAUUUCCGGUCGAGGGCAAAUGGCUGAAGGUGCAGUUGAAGAAAGGAGACGAGCAGCAAAUGGAGCAGGCCAAAGAACAGGUGGGUGGCAUGCCAGGGAUGACAGUGAAUCAGGCAGCGCCGCCACCGCCCGCUCCGCCCCCGCCAGCUCCCCCUCCUCCUCGAGACAUGGGCAAGUCGCAAGGUGGCGACAAGGGAAAGAAGGGCUUCGGCAAAGGUGAUGUUGGUAAGCCCUUCGGAGAUGGCAAAGGAUUUGGAGGAUUUGGAGACGGCAAAGGAUUUGACGCAAGUGGCAAGGGCUUCGAUGGGAAGGGCAAGGGCUUUGAUGGCAAGGGCUUGGACAGCUUUGACCCCAAGGGAUUUGGCAAGGGCAACUUCAUGGGCAACUUUCCCCGUCCAGGCCCUUACUGA